AUGAACGGGUUUUUAUUGGUUUCCUUGGGUUUCUUGCUGAUCGAAUCGACCCAAAGUGCCAAGGAAGGAGAGCACAAGUGUGAAGACAAGGUCCACAAUUUGAUCAAAGCAAGAUCCGACUUUAAAAGUAAGUCCUCGAUUGAUUAAACAGUUUAUUUUGGGUGUCAAUAGUACUUUAUAUUAUCAGGGGUCUUCCCCAUUAAGAUGUCAGAUCAUAUGAAAUAUGAUCGUCUUUUGAAUGCAGACGUGAGAAUGUUACACUUUUACAAAGAUUGGAGUGUAAGAAUUGGAAGGGAUGCUCCGUUUUUACAAGAACUUUAGAGUUACGACAGUUUAUCUAGAAAUUAAUUUUUUGUACCCACUGGUAAUAUAAAAAAAAGGACUAAUUGAAUCUAAAAUAUUACAAUUUAGAGCCAAAACCAGCCUUUAUCAAAUCGUUCAGUGGGACUAUCUACAACCAUGACCUCACUCCGUCGUGUGCUUACGGUAAACCUACAGUACCUAUGCCCGGAUGGGUAACAUUAUUGGAAGGAGAGAUGCAUCUCCCCAGGAAAUAUGAGCUUUUGAAGACCGGGAUCAUGCGGAUAACAGUCAGAGGAAAUGGAUUUGACGAUGCGCUCUGUUUGAAUGGGGAAAGUCAAUAUCUGGCAUUACCCAGCAAUUUCUGGUAAGGGAUACUGUAAUGGGAGGAAAUUGGUGGGAGAACGGCGGUUAGAUUUUGUUGGCGUAGAUUUGAGAGAAAAAAUUUCAUUUAUCCGAUUUGCCAGGAUAAAUGGGAAAUUUUUUCCUUAUUAAUUUUACGUAAUGCUAUGCAUAAUAUAAUCAUAUUUAUUUUAUUUUAGCAAGCUCAAACUCUGUGAUUUCAUAGGAGAAGAUAUCUGCAAAGUUUUCGAAGAGCCUGGCGUCCAUACGAUAAAAGAAUUAGAGGAGAAAAUCGGAUUCAAUUCGACAUUAGAGUUGCCCGAACCUCCAAGUUUACUCGGAAUCUCCCUUUUGGAUGUAUUUUCUGUAAGUUCAACCCGAAAUCGACUAUUCAAACGGUGAAACGGAACGUUCAAAAAGUGAAAGAAACGUUAAAGGUUGCUAAUUUUACGUCAUAAAAAAUAGAAAUUCUAAUUUAUAUAAUAGUAUCCUUACUUUAGGGUGAAUUUUCGUUCGGAUUCCAAAUAGAAUCAGAAGGAGAGGUCGUUUUGGAUGUGAGUAUACCCACAAAUAACAAGUGGCUCCAAGUUGGAGUCUCGGAAAGCACCAAAGAAGAAGAAGAUGACUGA